UGGCCCCGCCGGCGCCGCCGCGCCGCUGUCCCCCUCCGCGGGCUCCCGAUAAAGUUUUGUUGCUGAGCGGGCGGGCGGCAGCGGUCCGGUCCCUGCCUGCGGCUUCACGGACGGACGCUCGGCUCUGGUCGCCGCGGUGGAGCACGGCUGCCUCUGCUCCGUGUCGGGAGGAAUCAAUCAUUUUUUUGAUGCAAAGACUUCAUCACUGACAUCUAUAUGUUCAUUUGUCGGCCUCCAAGAACUAGUGCAGCUCAUCAGUGACAAUAACUGACAUUUCUUUGGAAACAAAAAAACCUCAAACAAAAAAGCCCAACAGACAAAACCCAACAGACCUUUUGAAGACUUGUGUCAAAUGACGUCAAUGGCCAGUUUGUUCUCCUUUACUAGCCCAGCUGUAAAGCGUCUGUUGGGCUGGAAACAAGGAGAUGAAGAGGAAAAAUGGGCAGAAAAAGCUGUUGAUGCUUUGGUUAAAAAGCUGAAGAAGAAAAAAGGUGCUAUGGAAGAACUGGAGAAAGCCUUGAGCAGUCCAGGACAGCCCAGCAAGUGCGUUACUAUCCCCCGCUCUUUAGAUGGACGACUUCAAGUUUCUCACAGAAAGGGCCUUCCCCAUGUCAUUUACUGUCGUGUUUGGCGUUGGCCUGAUCUACAGAGUCAUCAUGAGCUGAAGCCAUUGGAUAUUUGUGAAUUUCCUUUUGGAUCUAAACAGAAGGAAGUCUGCAUCAAUCCAUACCACUAUAAGAGGGUGGAGAGCCCAGUUCUACCUCCAGUGUUAGUGCCUAGACAUAGUGAAUUCAAUCCACAGCACAGUCUACUAGUCCAGUUCAGGAACCUAAGCCACAACGAACCACACAUGCCACACAAUGCGACAUUUCCAGACUCUUUCCAGCAACCCAACAGCACUCCAUUUUCCAUUUCACCAAACAGUCCCUAUCCACCUUCUCCAGCCAGCAGCACUUACCCAAGCUCCCCAGCUAGCUCUGGACCAUCCAGUCCAUUUCAGCUACCAGCUGAUACUCCACCUCCUGCGUAUAUGCCUCCUGAUGAUCAAAUGGGGCAGGAUAAUUCGCAGUCUAUGGACACAAGCAAUUCAAUGAUCCCUCAAAUCAUGCCAAAUAUAUCUACCAGAGAUGUUCAGCCUGUUGCUUACGAAGAACCCAAACACUGGUGUUCCAUCGUGUAUUACGAGCUAAAUAAUCGUGUUGGGGAGGCUUUUCAUGCAUCUUCUACAAGUGUCCUUGUAGAUGGGUUUACAGAUCCCUCCAAUAACAAAAACAGGUUCUGCUUAGGUUUGCUCUCAAACGUUAAUCGCAACUCGACAAUUGAGAACACUAGGCGACACAUUGGAAAAGGAGUUCAUCUCUACUAUGUUGGUGGGGAAGUCUAUGCUGAGUGUUUAAGUGAUAGCAGCAUAUUUGUACAGAGCAGGAACUGCAACUACCACCAUGGCUUUCAUCCAACAACUGUAUGCAAGAUUCCCAGUGGAUGCAGUCUAAAAAUCUUUAACAAUCAGGAGUUUGCUCAGCUUUUAGCUCAGUCUGUCAACCAUGGAUUUGAAGCAGUGUAUGAGCUCACCAAAAUGUGCACCAUUCGCAUGAGCUUUGUAAAGGGCUGGGGAGCUGAAUAUCACCGACAAGAUGUGACGAGCACCCCAUGCUGGAUAGAAAUUCACCUUCAUGGGCCCCUCCAGUGGCUGGAUAAAGUACUUACACAAAUGGGUUCUCCCCUUAAUCCCAUCUCAUCUGUUUCAUAGUGCUGAAAUUCUGUCUUCAGCCUUAUUUUUAGCGAACUUAUUCUAAUUCUAGCGAAACUUCCAGUGUGGAUACUGUGAGCUAUGUGGAGAAUGGAUCUUACAGUUUAACUUCUCUUUUUUUUUAAAGCCCUUUGUGACCAAUUCCAUUGUGUAUAGCUAAUCAGUUUUACAUUUCAAUUUGUUCUUGUGAUGCUUAAGUGACAGUUGAGCCCUAAGGGUAACAAAAAAAGUCUAUUGAAAAGAUUCAGAACACUUUUCCCCUCCCUCCCGUAGAACUUGGAGGCAUAUGUCUUAACUGGAAAAUGCUUUUUGUCCUGGAGGGACAAGAAUUAUGAAGACUGACUUCAGCAGAUAAAUACAUAUCAUAGUUUGGGAUUUUUUUACUGUUUGAACAUGUGCAUGAACAUGUGCAGCUCCAGCUUACAAGCUGUAGUUUUAGCAGAGUUGCUUAACAUCUUAAGGUUGACAUCUGUCAUAAACAAAGUUAGACUUUAUCAUGGCUAAUUUGCCUCAGAUUGAGCAAUGUGACCUUUUCUUUUUUAAAGUGUACACAUGAAUAUACUUUUUACAAAUCUUGUGUAAAAAACACUUUUAUUGUCUAUUGGAAAAUGCUGUCAUAAACACUAUAUUAAUGCAGAAUAGCAGUUCUUAGCCUUUUUCCCACUUUAGUGUUGUAAUCUCUUUUAACCACCGUUUUCAAUAGUAAUCGAUACAAGGUAAACAUCUUGCACGUUUCUGGAGUAAUAAUCCUUGUUUUGCUUUGAUUUACACACAUGCCAUUUGGAUUUGGUUGCCAAGGCUAUUUCUUUUUAGGUACCCUUCUGUAUUUUAACAUCAACACUACUAUUUGUAAAUGGCAGUGCUUUCUACUUUUUGGAAGGAAUUAAGUUUUUUUGUUCUUUUUUUGGUGUUCUAGCUGUUUGUUUUACCUGUCUGGAAUUGAUCUGUGUUAGGCCUUUUUAAUCUCUCUGUAGACAUUACGCAGUAUUAGUGAUUACACUGUAUUUAAUUCACUUUCAGUAUGAGAUUGAGUCUCUCCGAAGACUGUGAGUGGCUUAGCAAAUUAGUAACUGAUUGCAGAAGCUUUUACUUCCAGAUCAUGUGAUUUAAUACAGACCUGUUGGUAAUGACCAAAAGUAAUCACUUCUUUGUAGCCUACAUGAAACAGUGGUCUUGAUCCUGUCCCUGAUGGCAGGUGUUCAGUCAGAAGACUUGUAGCUCUAGUUGGCAGCUUUAUGGGAUGGAAGGACUGCAUUAAUAUGAUGAUGAAAUUUCUCUCUUACAUGUACGGAAUCCUCUUGCCUGUGCUGUUGUAUUACUCAGUAGAGAAUUUAAACACUGUACUAAACACUAAAAGAAAUCAGUUAAACAACUUAUGCAUAUUUUUCCCCUUUAAUAAAAAAGGAGGCUGAAAGAAAUACUCUAAGAGAAUUAAAGUGAAUUAUAUACAAAACCUCUUUGCAUGCAGAAAAAGUCCCAUUGUAUUUUUUACCUUCUUGUCCUCCUUUUUCCUGAAUCACCUCUUCAGAAAAGGGUUCAGUGUUUGGGGGAGAGGCUGAAAACUCUAAAAUGCAAAUAGUUAUUCAGAGAUGUGCUGCAGUUAAUUACUGCAAUCAUGAGACAUUGAUUGCUUACACAAGUUUUGGUGUCUUCUAUUGAAUGACAUGGAAAUCAUGCAUCAUAUGGUACCUAAGUAACAAGUGAUCUUAAAGAAAUGAAAUUGUUUAUGUGCCAUUAAAAUGUUUCUUAUAAAAUUUCUUAAAGGAAUAAACUGUAACACUUCUGCAGAACCCUGAUGUUCUCUUGUACAGGAAUUUCUGUAUUACUUUGGUGGUGUAUUUUUUAUGGGUUUAGUGUUUUUUAAGCAGUUUCUCAAGUGUGUUCAAAACCGAACAACUGAAUGGUCAGGAGAAGGGGAAGAACUUGAUUUGCUGUUCACCUUGGGGUUCUCUCUUUCAUUCUUUGGAGCUGCAACCCAGAGAUGGUUCUUUUGAUCAAGUAAGAUGUGAAGUCAGUUGGACACAGGAUCAGGCUUUUCUUCCUAUCAAGUUGCUGAAUAUGUAUAUUUGACACUACAGGAUUUAUUUUUCUUGACUAGCUUUUAUAACGUCAUGGCACAAUGGAUUAAGGAAAGAUCUUGGUUGUAGGUACAAGGUUUUACUUUAUCCAAAAUGUUUUUCACUUGACUUCAUCUCUGCUCACUUGUGUGUUUAGAUGUGGCCAACAAAAUGACUCAAGACUGGCUGCUGAAGUGGGUGUUCAAGAGCCAGAGCUGGUGCUUAGUGCUACUAUUGUGGUUAGAUUGGCUACCCAUACACUGAACCAUAAUUUCUGCAAUAAUAACCAGUUAACCCACUUCUGAUGCUGUCAUUAAGUACUACAGUACUCUGGCAUUAGUCUGCUUGUGUACCUGUUCUUGAACUCUAAUAUAUGCAGUGCUGGGAAUAUCCUUGUGACUGCUGAUUUUACCAGGGUAGGCUUGUGGGAGCAGAGCCAGUAAGAUUUGUCUAUGUCGUACUUCUCUGUAGGACUUUUUGAGAGCUUACUAGUUAGCAAGUGUGUGCUGCUGGUUCCUGGUGUUCCUGGUCAUAUUUGGGUCAACUGUGCUGCUGAUAUAAAAUUCCUCUAUCAGUGCAUGGAUGGAUUGGAUGGAGAAUUGUUUGACCCUAAUGAUGGUUUAAGAAUAGUGAUAUCAGAAAGCGCGCUUUGGUUGCAGCAUACUUGUGUGUAAGUUACUUCUUAGAUGGAGGGAUGGAGAAACUGUAUCAGCCAGUAAUGUGGUACUGAAGGACUGAGCCUUUCCAGUGUAGCCCAGCUUAGACUGAUGUUACUCUUCAGUGAAAACUGUUUUGAUUUUUGUAGUGUAUUUUCUUCUUUUGGGCGUCUUUCUACUCUGCACCAACCACACCAUUAACUAACAGCUUUGGCAGUACCAGCAAACACCUAGAACGGGCUUAUACUGAAGUUCUUUCUGGGUUUGCUUUUAUCGUCGCUAAGACAGUAGCUUGGAUAUUCCUUCUUAGAGGAGGACUUCAGUCUUGCUGGCAGUCAGUCCAGUGCCUUGCCAUAAGUGUUACGUUCAUUUAAUUGCAUUAGGCAUUAAGUAGUUGUACAUGAAGGGAUGACAGUGAGUUAGAGAAUCUAUAGGACCAAAAUAAAACUUUCUAGUAUGACUGACUGGUGAGAGACAAAUCUAACAGAACAAUCUAUUAGUCAAAAGAGUGAUGAACCAGCCCAUGUGUUACCAUUUGGUAUAGAAUUGGUUUGGCUUGAAGCUAUGAUUUUUUUCUCUCCCCACAAUACCACAGUGUGACAGUUCUCAAUUCUUGGGCAGAUUCUCUUGCAGUGUAAGUCUAGAGAAUACAAAAAUGUGUUGGGCUUUUUCCCUCCUUUAAAACACAAACUUUUCUUCAGGUUAUUGUUUUAGUUGUCCCAGAGUAUUGCUGGUGAUGGCGUUUAGGACAAAAACACCAACCUAGAUGUUUUACUUCAACAGACAAACAUGUGACUUAAGUUUUUAUAGUUGUGUUUUAGGAAGGUGUCCCAUUCUGAAUGCAAAUCAAUAGACCAAACCAUCAGAUUACAACAUAAUGUUGCUUUAUUGUGCUGCUCCAUAAGUCUGCUUCUGUGCUUGUUGCAAGCAUAACCUUUAUGCUUUUUGUUUACAUUGUAGGAAACACAGUUCUAGCCAUGAGUUGUUUUUUCAUUUAACUCUAAACAUCUUUUUAUUUUGUUAAUUUUAAAUGAUUAGGUUUUGCUAUGUUAAGUUUUUAAAGAAAAUUUUUUGCAUACUGCUGCUCAUAUUUCAAUAAACA